AUGAGCAAUUCCAACGACGAUUUGGUAGUUGAUGAUGAUAACUACAAGCCGGGCGCUAAGAAGACGCUUGACGAGUACGCCAAGCUCGAUGCGGAAGAUGAGUCUCUUCAAAAGUGGAAGAAGUCUCUCGGGCUGUUGGGCGGUGAGCCUUUGCCUGUAGCCGCUGGCGAUGACCGUCGUGUUGUUAUUCUCGAGAUGACUCUGCUCGUUGACAAUGAGGCUCCAGUUGUGGUUGACCUUACGGAUGCGAAGACCGUGAAGGAGUUACCAAAGAAGCACUUCAAGAUCAAAGAGAAGUCCAUCUACAAGCUAAAGAUCAAGUUCAAGGUUCAACAUGAGAUUGUCACCGGUAUCAAGUAUCUUCAGGGCAUCAAGAAGGCUGGAUUCACGGUCGAUAAGAUCCAAGACCCACUGGGAUCUUACGCCCCAAACACAAAGGAAAAGCCGUUCUAUGAGGUUACACUUCCGGAGACAGAGGCUCCAAGUGGUUUACUCGCAAGAGGAAGCUACAGCGCACAGUCAAAAUUCGUCGAUGACGAUAAAAACACAUACUUGGUGCUGGAUUGGGGUGUAGAGAUCGUCAAGAAAUGA